ACGUUACAUGAGCUGUGCCACAAACUCGACAUUUACAGAGUGAUUGUAUACAACGCGAAGCAUCAGUGAAUUUUCUGUUUACCUACAAUCUUCAUCAAGGUCACGCUGAGUAGCGAAACCCUCUGUCAGAACAACAUCACGAAAUUUUGUAAAGAUGGCAUCUCGCAGCACAAACAAGAUCACCACUCUGCUCCUCGACUGCGACAACACGCUCGUCCAGUCCGAGACUCUGGCAUUUGAGGCGUGCGCAGAGCUCACCAACGAGAUUCUUGCUGCUCGCAAUAUCGAUCUCCAUUUUACGGGCCGCCAGUUACAGCGCGAGUUCGUCGGGCAGAGCUUUCAAGCCAUGAUGCGCUCGCUAGAGGUCAACUAUGGCGUCUCAUGCAACAUCUCCGAUGCUGAGCUGGAGGACUACGCCAGCAUGGAAGACGAUCGUGUCAUCUCCAAUCUCGUAGAGAAACUCCAGUCGUGCGAGGGAGCCAAUGCUGAGCUCGAACGGCUGGUAGCUGCCGGCAGUCAUCAACUUGCAGUCGUAUCCUCGUCUGCACUGCGUCGUGUGCGUGCGUCGCUCGAGAAGGCUGGGCAGGCCACGUUCUUCCACCCCAGUGACGUCUUCAGCGCAGCCGACUCGCUGCCUGUUCCUACGUCCAAGCCUGAUCCGGCGGUGUACUUCCACGCUCUGAAGACCAUGGGUAAAGUUGCGGCCGAGUGCAUCGCGGUUGAGGACAGCCGGUCUGGUGCGACUUCUGCGAAUCGGGCAGGUAUCAUUACGAUUGGGUACACAGGUGCCUGCGAGGAUGUUGAAGAAGCGGAUAUACUGCGAGGGGUGUUGGAGAAAGCUGGAUGCAAGCUGAUUAUGAGCAAUUGGACAGAGUUUCCUAAUUUACUUCAUCAGAUUGAAACUGAGUUGCUGUGAAGGGUAACAAGAGAACUCCGCCUUGGAAAGAUAAGAUAUCUCCGGAGAUAAGUAGACGGCUGUAAGGGAACCUGUCAACGUGCCAUGAAUCAGACAUGCUUAUUUCAAUGUCAAAUCGAACUUCAAGUACCGCGUUCCAC